UUCGAACGCGCCGAGAGCUGAGAGUGCAAGCAUGGCUUUACGAUGCCUGGUUUCGUUGUCUUUGGCGGUUGCAGUUCUGGCCGAUCAGAGCUCACAUGUCAGCAUUAAUCUCGGCGGUGCUCCUGCUGUCAGCCAUCACAGUUCCUCUCACCACGCACGCACUUCAUACCACCAUCAACCUACCUACCACACACAGUCUUCCUACCAUCCACAACCUUCCUACCACCCUGCUCCCGCUUAUCACCCACAGCCUUCCUAUGAGCAUACACACGAAUCUACUGUGCCAGAAUGUGCUGCCAACAUAACCAAAUCAUGGUGUCUCCACGACGACCAUUAUCCCACCUAUGAGAUCAAACACGCAGCCGAAUAUCACUACGAGAAGCUCCUCUCCCUCUAUGCUGACGUAGCUGACCUCAACACCGAGCUGUCUGUGGACCGACCAAAUACCCUGGAUGAGGAAACUUACUUGUGUCCAUCAGAGACCGCUUACAUCAGGCCCCUUCGUGCCCAGAACACCGAGGGAAAAUGGCGUGUUAUUGUAAACAAUAUCGAUGUCCAUUAUCAGACUCUCACUCAGACUACACGCAUCGAAGAGUGUCUCACUUCCGGCGAUGCAUGUCCUCUGGUACCUGACUGCUACGAGUCCAAGUGUUUGCAGAAGUCCAUCUACCACCGUUUCCUUGUCUACGACCCCUAUGAUCAGUACUUCCCCUUCGCCAUCGAGACAUUCAAGCUUCCCGCAAGCUGUGCUUGUCUGUUGGGUGCCUAUAUCAUCGAUCAUUAACUACCAAACACCUGAUAUCGAGACACAUGAAGGAUGUGUGGAACUUCACAUGAAUUGUAUAGCAUUUUAACAUCCUUAACGACGUGACGUACAUAAAAUUCAAUCAUCCUUGCCGUGAUAAUAUCUACAGAAAUGAUAAGUGAUUACAAAUGACAUUGAAACCCCCCCUUGUGAAACAUGAAAAUAAAUAUAAUUCAAAGUAUUUUACAUAUCAUUAUACCAAUAUCUUUGAAUUAACGAGGCGCGUAACAUCUUUUUUUUGUUUGUUUAGUUUAGUUUAGUUUGACAUUUGAUUUUUAAGGAACUUACAGUAUCAGUUUACUGAGGAUUCAUAUAGUUUAGUGUUUGAUUCACAAUAUUCUUUAAAUCUGACGGCUUAUGAACAACAGCUGAAUUGUGAAUGAGGUGUAAGCAGGAGAAAAAAUAUUUAUGAUCUUCAUUCUCAUCGUCUUAUAAUUACGAAGGAAAACAUUUUCACUUAUAUAUAUAUCCAUUAUAUAUAAAGAUACAUGCAUGCAUAUACAUAUAUGUGUGUGUGUGUGUGUGUUUAUGUGGAUGUAUGUGCAUAUAUGUGCAUAUAUGUAAAUCUUUAUAUACACAGGUGUGUUCAUGUAUGAUGUAUAUAGAUCGACGCCCUUCGAAGCGAGGCCUAGUUUUAUCCAUCCGAAAGUACAAAAUAUUAGUCAAAGAACAAUGGGAACUGUC